AUGAUGGGCAUCAUGGACGCCAUGGAGACGGGAGGCGCGACACCAAGGGCACCAUGGGACAUUAGAGAACAUCAUGUCGUGGCUAGCGCGCCGCCUGGCAGCUACGCAAGGAACAAAGUUUCCCACUCGACAAGAUGGGGAGAAGGCUCCAAUGGAUCAGAUAAAAGGCAUCGAUGGUCAGCCCAAAAGCCGCGGCCAUUUUGGCAGCAGCACUUCUUUCAAGAAAUCCUCACAUUCCUCCGCAUACUCAACGAGGCCAUGAGCGCGGCAUUUCAACUAUUGAGAAGCGCAUUGCGACAUGCCUUCUAUCCCCGCGACAAGCUACCGGACGAGCGGCUCCGCUGCUUCAUCAUGGACCUGCCGCCGGAACUGAUUCUCCAGAUCGGGGAGCAUCUACCCCCUCAUUCUCGCCUUCUGCUCUCACAUACAUGCUCGGCACUACACCAGGCCCUCGGUCGCAAAGGGGGUGCGCGCCUCAGCCGCGAGGACCACAUCGAGUAUCUCAUCGGUGUCGCCUACGACUUGCCUACUAAAUGGGUGUGUGUAGAGUUCGCCGUCGGCGUCAAAGCACUGGUCGACCUUUACCGGAUGUGGCACCCCGAGCGCCGACCCGAUACGCCAAACGCCGGGCAGCGGCCUGGACCGGGCGACGCCGGACAGCCGCCAGGAAGGACGACCGGAGGGCCCCCUCGCUCCGACACGACAACAUCCGACAACCCGGGUUCCAACGGGAGCCGGACGGACGAGGAGGCACGACCGCCUGGGGCUGAUGCGGCAACUUCCGCCGACUCUGGCACGGCAGACGCGGCGACGCAGACCCUCGACGCGGCAGCCCAACCGCCCGGGACUGACACGACAACUUCCGCCGACUCUGGCACGGCAGACGCGGCGACGCAGACCCAGGACGACGAGGCGACGUGGACACGGGAGCGGGCGCGCGUGGACGACCUGGAAGAACGGAUCGCCUGGAUGUCGACGAUUCUGGCCCUUGCUGCGGACUAG